AUGUCAAAGAAAACGUCAAAUCCUCCUGUCUGCAUACAGUUGUUCUCACUGAUUCUCCUGGUUCUCUUUGGACUUUAUUGUGUGUUGAAAGGAGCUUCUUUUGCCUCGUUCAGCUGGUGGUACAUAUUGGGAGCCUCCUGCAUUGUGGCAGCUGCCUUUGCUUCAUUCCGUGUGUAUGAGACCUGCGUAUUAACAUCUUUGAAAGAGACCACUUUGGAACAUCCUGAACCUACACCUAAAAGUGAUGACCUGGAAACUGAUCUGCAACAUCCAGCUGCAAUAGAUUACAGGCAGCAAAUCUUCUCCAGCACCUUCACCAUGCCCAAGUGCCCAUACUUGACAUACUCUGUAGCUGUGCCAUCCGAAUUUGAAUUCUCUACAGCUGUGGGUCUUAAGGUAUUGGAGGAGCAAAAUGAUUUGCCCAAAUUGCCUGAAGUUGCGCAUACAGUGCUUGAAUUGGAAAAGGUCAGCAAAGCUAUUGAGGUGGUCAAGAGUGAGGUGCAAGAGCAACAGCAGAAGCUUUUGAAGUAUAAGUCGUUGCUGGAAUGUGAGUCGUGUGACUCGAUGACCCCAUCGACAAGCAAUGACUAUAACUACAGCUCUCCUACUCCUAAGGUGAAGAAUGUUUUACCAUCUCUUCAGCGUGUAUCAGUGUGUGAAGUACCAGAUGCCCAAUUCAACCACAUUAUCUUCAAUCCAACUUCGAUAUCUAACAGUUCUGUAAGUAAGAGCUCACUCAGUGAUUUGACUGAGCAAGCUGAAGAGAAACAUUUAUUUCAGCAUGAAACCAUGGCCAUUUCCAAGACAACACACAGUGAGUGCACAGAUCUGCAUAAUAAGUAUAUGAAUGGUAAUCACAGGCUAUGCAAUGACUUAGAGUAUGACCCACUGAUGAACUAUUCUACUAAUUUUGGGAGCCAAUAUCUCGGGAAGCAAAAUAUGGAGGAAAAGGAACGAUUUCAGAGUUCCAUUGAGCACAACCAUGAAAAGAGGCACUCGCUAGCAUCCAAAAGAGCGAGGAGCUCUGAAUCAGAAUUCAGUUUGCAGGAGUCAUCUGAUGAGCUUGUUAUUGAUAUUCCAGAAAUUCCACCCCUUGUGAAGGAGUUUGCAACCAGGAAGAGAAAUGCUAAAUGUUUAAAAUCAGCAGUAAGCUUGCAGGAAUCUGACGAUGAUGAUGAUAUUCCUAAGAUGCCUCUUUCCAUUCAAAAGCCAGCUGCCAAGAAGAGGUUCCAGAGUGAGAGAACUGAUAAUACUAUUUUGAAUCUUAGUUUAAUUCGUAAAGUAAGGCAGCGCAAGAAGGCUGAGGCCACCGCUCUACUGGUGGACGUGAGAAAAUCAACGACUGAUACCGAUGGCUUUUCAGCAAUGAAGGAUGGUAACAGCAAAUGUGGUAUCUAUUCAGGGGAUUUGCAAGAAAAACAAAAAUGUAACUCAAAUGAGAGCAAUCCAUUCACCUUAACAGAUGGUCCCGUGAAUGAGAGCAGCAGAAGCUAUGGGCUUCCGAGCAAAUCUGGAAAAAGAAAGCUGUUGGGUCUAGAAAUGGUUAAAAAGAUAAAUUCGGGGACUUGUGCAAAUGCCACUAAACCUGCAAAAUCUCUGGAUCAGGAACUUGGAAGUGAAUUUAUACCUGAUGAGUCCAAAGUGGUGUGUCAGAAACGUGAAGCUAUGAAAGAAAAAAUCUAUGAAGAAUCGCAUUACAGAGCGUCCAAGAGACUGCCUGAAACCAGCUACACAAAUCUGGAAGUCAAUUGGCAGACUGCAUGCACUGUACUGAAGUGCAGUGGUCAGGGUGCUGUCAAUGAGAGCAAAUACAGUGAUGACUUGGGUAACAAUACCUCAAGGAUCAAUCAGCAAGGACAAAAGUGGCCGAACCAAGGUGACAUUUUUGAUGAUGAAAAAGGGGCUGAGGGUUUGAAAAAGGGAGAUGAGAGUCUACGAAAUACAAUUGAUAGAGGGGAGGAAUUGUCUCUUUCAGAGGAAGAUGUGUCCAGUUCACUUUUAGAUGAAGAUCUAGACUUUUCUGAAUCUGACCCAAUGGAGGAAUGCUUUAGGAUUUUUAAUGAAUCCUCCAAACAAGAAACUAAAGACAGUGGAACAGAAGCUAAACAGGAAAAAUCUGUCUGCAGACGAGUAAUUGUUCCGUGCUCCCUCCCGAUGCCCAAGCUACAGCGCCGGAAUCGAAUCGUGCAAGUGCAGCAGCAGGCUAUACAGCUGACAGCCAAUGUGAAAGGUGCUCAGGCCUAUAAAGCUGCCACCACUUCCUCUGCUGCUCCUACCUGUUCAAAGAAAAUACUUGUGCAAGGAGCAAUCCCUCCACCAGUUGGUGCCAUAAAAUCAGGAAGAAGGUCUGCUACACUUAGUAGCUCCAGCCAUAAUGCCCACUUAAAAGAGCGGACAGUUUCUCAGAUUGCGGCAAAGGUUGCAUGUACUUUAUCCAAGAGGAAGGACUAUUGCACCUCUGUUCUACAGGGAACUAAUGUGAAGAGAGCAGCUCCUUCUGCAGAAAGAGGUUCUAACAUUUCCAAAAGGGUCAGGCAUCGAUACCUUAAUUUUUUCAUUGAAGAAUUCUUAAAGAUCUGCUCGACUGAGCAAGAGGCCUUCAAUAAGGCAAUCUCUGAAGAAAUGAUGAUCUAUGAACAUAAUCCAGCCAGGUCUGUAUAUCUGAACGUAGCUGUAAGUGCUUUGAAGAAACUCCGCAAUCUGGGAAAUCUUGGUUCAACUGUUUCAAAUGUUAACUCUUCGGUCAAAGGCUUCCCUCCUGAAGUGGUUCUGGAAGUACAUGUGUUGUGUAAGACAGAUACUGCACUGUAUUGGCUGCUCAAGGAAUAUGUCUUAACUGAAGAACAGUUAAAGGAGAAUGGAUAUCCUCGAGAAAAUUUUGAUAAGCCAGGAGUUGCACUAUUGUUUGGAUGUGAUAAGUACUAUGGUGACCCUUUGAACAAGAUUUGCUGCCGUUGUGGAGCAUUGUUCUCUGUAACACCUGGAGGAAGUUAUAUCUCUAAAAAGGAAUGUAAAUAUCAUUGGGAACCAGCCCAAACACAACGAGUGCCUGGUGGAUGGGAAAUCCAAUACAGUUGCUGUAAAGGGUCAUUGGGAUCAGAUGGAUGUGAGGUUGCUAAGCUAUGCAAGACAUCAUUGCAUGUCUGCAAUCGAAAAGAAAACCUUGAAGGUUUUAUGAAGACCUUUCUUAGGCUGAUGCCCCUUGAUGGAAAUCCUGGUGUGUUUGCAGUGCACUGUGAGAUGUGUUACACCAGGCAUGGUAUGGAAAUUGCUCGCGUAAGUGUGGUCAACUCCAGUUUCGAGGUUGUUUAUGAUACAUUUGUUAAACAAGAUAAUGAGGUGAUUGAUUACAACACCAGAUUUUCUGGUGUGACACAGAAGGACUUAGCAAAUGCAAAACAGACACUUCGUGAAGUUCAGGCAGUGUUACUGAGCAUGUUCAGUGCUGAUUCCAUCAUAAUUGGCCAUUGUUUAGAAAAUGACCUAUUUGCACUCAAGAUUAUACACAGCACAAUUAUUGACACGUCUAUUGUCUUCCCACACCAUUUGGGUUUACCUCACAAGCGAGCAUUCAGAAACAUAGUGGCGGAGUACCUCAGACAUAUCAUCCAUGAAAAAGCUGAAAGCCACGACUCCAUUGGGGAUGCUCGCGAAUGUGUCGAGCUAAUGAUCUGGAAAGUGAAGGAGGAUGCAAAAGGGAAAAGGCAGUGAGCAGAUUCUCUGUAGAGGACAAUGCUGGCAGAAAAACAGCCAGCAAUUGUGAAUCUUUCUCCAUUCAAAUGGACUGACUGCUUCAUCGGUUACACUAAUUCUUCAAUUUUCAAGAGGAUUUACCUUAUGUCUGUUAU